UGCUCCAGCAAAAGUAGCACCGCGAACCAAAAGUUAAUAAAAUUAGAAGAUUAUCCGGUGGAAAAUGUUCCGUUUUCAUCCACUUUGCUGGCUGGUGGCCGGCGUCGCUCUGCUUUCGUUAGCAGCCGUCCCGGCUCGUGCGGAACCGGGAGAAACUCUGGUACUGUUGGACAACUUAGCCAUCCGCGAAACGCACUCCAUUUUCUUCAAGAGUCUGCAAGAACGUGGCUACAAACUGUCCUUUAAGCUUGCGGAUGACGCUAGUUUAGUACUUUCCAAGUACGGUGAGUUCUUGUACAAGCACUUGAUCCUUUUCGCACCAUCGGUGGAGGAGUUUGGCGGAUCGUUGAGCGUCGAAGCUAUCACCGACUUUGUCGACAAUGGUGGAAACGUUCUGGUUGCGGGAAGUUCGAGUUCCGGUGAUGCCCUUCGGGAGCUUGCGUCCGAGUGUGGUUUCGAAGUAGAUGAGGAAAAUGCCGCUGUCAUCGACCACCUGAACUAUGACAUUUCGGACGGUGGAGAUCAUACGUUGAUCGUUGCUUCCCCGGAAAACCUGAUCGAUUCGGAAAUUGUUGUGGGUAAGAAAUCUGUUGGACCACUGUUGUACCGCGGAACGGGUCUGUUGGCAGACAAGGAAAAUCCAUUGGUACUGCAACUGUUGACAGCUGAUAGCACUGCAUACAGUUACAUUCCGGAUGCCCCCAUCAAGGAGUACCCACAUGCCGUUGGUAAGGGAACACUUCUGAUUGCCGCGCUCCAGGCACGCAACAACGCUCGAGUUGUCUUCUCGGGAUCGCUAUAUUUCUUCUCCGAUGAAGCUUUCCUAUCGUCCGUUCAACGCGCUCAGGACGACAAAUUGCACGGUAAAUCCGGUAACCAGGAUGUGGCGACUGCUAUUAGCCAGUGGGUCUUUGGCGAAAACGGCGUCAUCCGAGUCCGUUCGGUUAAACAUUCCAAGGAAGGAGAGAAGCAGCCACCAGCUUCGUACACAAUCACCGAUCCGGUUGUUUACACUAUUGAAAUCGAAACCCUUGCUGCUGAUGGUAAAUGGCAACCGUUCCAGGCCAACGACGUCCAGCUGGAAUUUGUCCGUAUUGAUCCAUUUGUGCGAACGACUCUGAAAUCGAUCGGUGGAGGACGCUACCAGGCCAAAUUCAAUAUCCCGGACGUAUAUGGCGUUUAUCAGUUUAAGGUUGAUUAUGAUCGAAUCGGGUACACCCAUCUGUACUCGACGACUCAGGUUUCGGUUCGUCCGCUGACGCACACCCAGUACGAACGUUUCAUCCCGAGUGCUUAUCCUUACUAUGCGAGCGCUUUCUCGAUGAUGGUUGGAAUGUUCCUGUUCUCGAUCAUCUUCCUGCACUACAAGGAUGAUUGUUCCCCCGUCAAAGGAGGCAAGGUUGCCGAUAAGAAGACUCAGUAGGUAAGUGAAGCAGUUGCUUUUACUAUCAUUCGAUCCGUUCGAUAAAGGAACGUUUAUAAAUGUAAGCAUCUGAUAGGUUCAUAGACACAA